ACAUGAUACCGCACUUUCCCUUCUCGCAUACUUCACUAAACUCUCCUCCGUCCGAUCAGGACCCCACAGUUCUCAUCAAACGCACCAAAUCACCGUUGAUAUCGUCACGGCUCAGACUCUCAGAUCCAGCUUCCGUUUCUGUCUUCAGUUGUUGUCAAAAUCCCCAAAUCUUUCAGCUAUUGAUCAUAGGGUUUCCGUCAAAACUAUUUCUUCAAUCUGCAGAUCUUAAAUUAAAUUUUCCCGCUAAUUUGGUUGUUAUUGAUAGAAAUCGUAAUGUCACAUAGUAAUGAUUCAGAGGAGGUAACUCUCCAAAAUGGAGAUCUCGCGAGUCAUGAUGUAGAAGAAAAAGAGGAUUCAAAUGGACAUAUCAGUCCCGAAAUUUCCAUUAAUCAGGAACCAGAACCAGAACCAGAACCAGAACCAGAGCCAGAACCAGAACCAGAACCAGCACCAACACCAGCACCAGAACCGGAGGCAGUGGCUGAGCAAAUUCGGCAUGCGGAAAGUAAAGAGGAUAUGUUCGUCGAUGCAACCGAUGAUAUGCAAGACAAUCAAUCUCUGGAAAUGGACAACGGGAGUACGCAAGAUGAUUCCCCUAUUGCCGAUAAAUACACUGUUACGGAGGACUACAAGGAUGAGACAGAGGGAUUUAGAAGGGAAGUUGCUAUUCUUCGGCAACAGCUCAGGGAUUUGACUAGCAAACAGACAUUGUCUGGUGAUAGUGACAAGGUUCAAGAAGAGAUAGUUGGUGAUGCUUCAUUGAGUGAAAUGAUGAGUGAGUGCUUCCAGCUUGUUAAAGUUUCUCUGGAAGAGCGAUUGCAGACGGAGACUAUGAUCAGGGACCUCCAACUACAGAUAGAAGCUUUUAAUGGGAAAGUUCAGAUGGAACAGAACAUUGAGGUUAUGGCAGACAGGAUGUUAGGUUCUCUUGGCAUGGUGAUUAAUCAAGAAGAGCUAUUGGAUUACUCUGUUAUGGGGAAGAUUGCUCAUGUUGAGAGAAAUACUUCUUUGUUAGUGGAACAGUAUAGGUGGUUUCUUUAUGAAGUUGAUCAACUUAGGCAGUGUUUAUUAGAGGGAGGGUUCAAUGUUGGGCUGCAAGAGGAGUUUGGGUACGGGUCAGUUUUUAGCGUUGCCCGUGAUGAGUUGCUGGAGCUCAAGAAAAGAGAAGAAGAGGUGCUGGAAAAAAUAAGCCACCUUGAAGAUAUGAAUGGGAAAUUGAUCGGUGAACUGGAGAAGGAAAAAGCAAUGGUGGAGACCACAAAUUCUGAGAUUGAAAAAGUAAAGGUGGAGCUUGAUCAGGAAAAGAAUAGGUGUGCUAAUACGAAAGAAAAGCUUAGCAUGGCUGUGACAAAAGGGAAGGCAUUGGUUCAGCAGCGGGAUUCACUAAGGCAGUCUCUGGCUGAGAAAACGAGCGAGCUUGAAAAAUGUUUGAUUGAGUUGCAAGAGAAGUCAAGUGUUGCUGAGACUGCUGAUCUUUGCAAGGUGGAGUUAGCCAGGAGCGAACACUUGGUUGCAUCAUUGCAGGAAACACUUUCAAAUAGGAACGUUCUUCUUGAAAGAUGUGAGGAAGUGUUUUCUGAGGCCAAUGUGCCUGAGGAACUUCAGUCAAUGGAUAUUUCUGAGAGAUUGAAAUGGCUUGUAAAUCUGGUUGCAUCCCUGCAGGAAACACUUUCUGAAAAGAACGCAAUUUUUGAAAAUUUUGAAGCAAUUUUUUCUCAGACUAGUGUCUUCAAGGAAAUAGAAUCAAUGGAUAUGAUGGAGAGAUUAAAAUGGCUUUUAAAUUUGGUUGCAUCACUGCAGGAAAUGCUUUCACAAAGGAACAGAAUUCUUGACAGCCUGGAAGAAAAUCUUUCCCAGGUCAAUGCACCUGUAGAAGUUAAUUCAAUGGAAACUCUUGAGAAAUUCAAAUGGAUUGUGGAGGAGAGAAAUGCACUUAAGGAUAAUUUGGUGGAAUUCCAUAAAUUUAAAGAUGCAUUGUCUUUAGUUGAUCUACCAGAAACUGCUUCGCCAUCUGAUUUGGAAACUCGAAUAGGUUGGCUUAAGGAAUCCAUUAAUCAGGCAAAAGGUGAAAUAAAUAUGUUGCAAGAUGAAAUUGUUAGAACAAAGGAAGCUGCAAAUAAUGAGAUUGACCGCUUAACUGCUGCACUUUUGGCGGAAUCACAAGAGAAGGAAUACAUUAAAAUGGAGAUGGAUGCCCUAGCAUGUAAACUUGAAGGUGUUGCCAAAGAAGCACAUCAAGCCUCCUCCGAGAAGGAUCAGAUGGUGAAGCUGUUGUUGGAGGGUUCCGGAAUAACAGAGAGUUAUUCUGAUGUGGCUGAACUUAUUGAGAGAUGUUUUGGGAAGUUAAAAGAACAAAGUGUUGCUUCUUUUGGUAUUUCUCCUGCUGAUGCUGAGGUGUUUGAAAGAAUUCAGAAUCUCUUGUAUGUCAGGGAUCAGGAAUUGACGCUCAGUGAAAAACUUCUAGAAGAAGAUAUGCUGGUGAGGUCAGAGGUGAGUAAUCUGUCCAAUGAGUUGAGAGUGGCAUCUGCAGAACUUGCUGCAUUGAAGGAGGAAAAAAACUCUCUGCAAAAAGAUCUUCAGCGAUCAGAAGAGAAAUCUACCUUGCUAAGGGAGAAGUUGUCCUUGGCAGUUAAAAAAGGCAAGGGAUUGGUUCAAGAUCGAGAAAACUUGAAACUUUCUCUGGAUGAAAAGAACUCAGAAAUUGAAAAGUUGAAGAUAGAACUACACAAACAAGAAUAUAUGGUUUCUGGGUAUAGGGAUCAGAUAAAUAGAUUGUCUACUGAUUUAGAACAAAUCCCAAAGUUAGAGGCUGAGCUUAUUGAUAUUAAAAAUCAAAGGGAUCAACUUGAGCAGUUCUUGUUGGAGAGCAACAACAUGUUACAGAGAGUAAUUGAAUCGGUUGACCAAAUUGUUCUUCCUGUUAAUUCAGUUUUUAAAGAGCCUGUAGAAAAGGUGAACUGGCUGGCAGGGUACAUGAAUGAAUGCCAGAAAUCUAAGAGCCAGGCAGAGGAAGAGUUGGAUAUAGUUAAGGAGAAUAGUACUAUCCUAGCUAGUAAAUUAGUUGAUGCACAACAAACCAUAAAGUCACUAGAAGAUGCAUUAUCAAUUGCAGAUAGCCGUAUUACUCAACUAAAGGAAGAGCAGAGGGAAAUAGAAGCUGCUAAGGAAAGUGCUGAACAGGACUUGCAGAAAUCAAAAGAUGAAGCUCAUGCUCAAACUAACAAGUUGGCAGAGGCUUGUGCAUCUAGACAGUCACUUGAAGAUGCACUUUCUCUGGCGGAAAACAAUAUUUCUCUGGUAAUCAAAGAGAGAGAAGAGGCUCAACUGAGCAAAGCUGCUACAGAGACUGAGCUAGAGAGAGUGAGAGAGGAAGUUGCUGUUCAAACUGGCAAGCUGACAGAGGCUUACAAAACUAUAAAGUCUCUUGAAGAUGCACUCUCUGUGGCAGAGGCCAAUAUGUCUUCGCUUACUGAACAAAAUAAUAAUCUCCAGGUCGGUGGAACCAAUUUGGAGUAUGAACUAAAGGAGCUGAAAGAAAAAGCUGAGUCACAGGCUAGUAAGCUGGCAGAUGCCUCUACAACUAUGAGAUAUCUGGAAGAUGCAUUAUCAAAGGCAGACAAUGAUAUUUCUGUGCUCAAAGGUGAAAAAAGAAUUGCCGAGCAGGAGAUUUCUACGCUUGAUUCUAAGUUGAAGGCAUGCAUGGAUGAAUUAGCCAUAACCAGUGGUAGCUUAGAAAACAGAUCUGCAGAGCUAAUCCAUCACUUUAGUGACCUUCAAAUGCAUAUGAGAAAUGAGAGUCUGUUACCCAUAGUCAGACAACACUUUGAGAAGGAAUUUGAGAACCUGAGGAACAUGGAUAUCAUUCUCAGGGACAUCAAGAAGCAUUUGGUUAACACAGGUUCAGAACUGUUGCCAGGUCACCCUAUCAUGGAGGAAGAUUUGCAUGCAAAACUUUUCCCUGAUGGCCUUGGCAAUAUUGGGAACAUAGAAAUGAUCAGUGACAAAGUGAAUGCGGCAGAUGUCAACAAUAUUUCGUUGUAUUUUAAGAAAACUGUUGAGGGGUUCCAGUCGCGAAAUGCAGUUCUCAUGGAUAAUUUUGAAGGUUUCUCUGCCUCUAUAGGCGAGUUUAUUGAAGCUCUGUUGGGAAAACUAAGGGCAACGGUGGAUGCCGUGACUAUUAUUUCUGAGCGCAUGGAGUCUAUGAAACAGAAAAUAAACAGUAUGGAAAUGCAUAAAGAGGAACAAGAGAAAACCAUUGCUGUGUUAGAAAAAGAUUGUAGGGUUUUACUAUCUGCUUGCAGUAAUGCCACAAGCAAACUGCAGUUUGAAGUUAAGAACAAUCUAUUGGAGCUGAGCUCUAUUCCCGAGCUUGAAAGGUUGAGUCGAAAUAUGAAUCUAGAAGCGACUGAACUUGAUUCUAAUGAUGUAGAGCAGCCGCAAAUUUUUGAGGACAACCAAUAUGAAAAGGUUGCUGAAAAUUUAUUACUGGUUACAGGAAAAGUUCAAACUCUAACUGAACUAUUUGAGAGCACAAGUAACGUGGCAGCUGCCACAAUUGAAGAUUUGCAGAAGAAAUUGACGGAAAGCAGAGCAGCUUAUGACAAAGCCGUAGAAGAAAGGGAUCUAAUUCAGAGUAGAGUUUCUGAGUUGGAAAUUGAUGUAGAAGCCUUGCAAAAUUCUUGCAGAGAACUGAAGCUCAAAGCAGCGGACUAUCAAGCCAUAGAGCAGAAGUUGAAGGAAAAAGAAGCAGAACUUUCGAAUUUACACAGUGAUUUGCUGAUGAAAGAACAAGUGGCAGAAGAAGCUCUCAUGUCGGCUUCUGAAUUGAAAACCCUUUUUGAUAAGAUAAGAAGUGUUGAAACCUCUUUUGCUAAGUUGGAAGUUGAGGAUGUCGAGCUUCAUAGUUCAGUUGACGUACAGAAACUGUUUUACAUCAUUGAUAGUGUACCUGAGUUGCAUCGUCAAAUAAAUGUGUUAUCUCAUGAAAAAGGCGAGCUACUAUCAACCGCGUCAAUGCAGCUUGUUGAAAUUGAACAUCUAAAAGAGGAAAAUGGAGCGCUCAUUACAAGUAAACAAGAAUCUGAAAAAAUGAAGAAAGAAAUGUCCGAGAUAACAUCAGUUUUGGAGAAAAUCAUUGAUACACUGGGAGGUAGUGAAAUUGUUGCGGACCAAAAAAUUGCUGGUGACCAAAAUUCUUUUGGUGUGCAGAGACUUUUGUCAGUAGUAGAAAAACAGAUUAUGGCCUUGCUUUGGGAAGUGAACAAUUCUAAAUCUCAAGUUCAGGAACUUGACACAAGGUUGCUUGGGAGCCAGAAGGUUAUAGAGGAAUUAUCAACGAAGCUUAAAUUGCUUGAAGAUUCAUUCCGAAGUAAAACAGUUCAGCCAGAGAUUGUCCAGGAAAGAAGCAUCUUCGAAGCACCUCCAUUGCCCAGUGGCUCAGAGAUAUCUGAAAUUGAAGACGUGGGUGGAGUUGGAAGCAAUGCAAUAUCUCCUGUUACAUCAGCUGCUCAAUUGCGUACUAUGCGGAAGGGAUCAACUGACCAUCUUGUUCUCAGUAUUGAUUCAGAAUCUAGUAGUCUGAUCAACAAUGCGGAAACUGACGAGGACAAAGGUCAUGUAUUCAAGUCUCUUAACACAUCAGGUCUCAUUCCCAAGCAAGGAAAGUCUCUUGCAGAUCGAAUUGAUGGAAUAUGGGUGUCAGGUGGUCGAGUUCUUAUGAGCCGUCCCAGAGCAAGGCUGGGCCUUAUUGCCUAUUGGCUUUUCUUGCAUUUAUGGCUAUUGGGAACGAUCUUGUAAACAAGUUUGAUCAUUAUCUCUCUGAAUCCUAUACUUGAAGCAGUUGUCGUCAGCAUUUUGCAACUUGUAUCAUAGAUAAUUUUUCCCCCUCUUUUUUCCCUCUCCAAAUAUGUUGUUUAUAUAAAUUCUUACUCCCCCAAUUUAUUCUCUGCAUUCAUAUUUUGGGAUUCGGAAAAUCCAAGCCUAUAUGCUUGUGGAAAAUAAUACACAUAUUCCUCCUUUUUAGUCUCCAACGGGAAGAUUGUGAUAGA